GACUCACGAACGGAUCUACCGACAGCCGUCAUCCUCCUCCAGCAAUCCCCAUGUGCUCUCUGCCCCGCUCCGCCUGAUCCCACUCCCAGCACCUGGACCCCUCCCCCUGCUCGUCCGCGCCCCAUUCACCCACAUCCGCCACCGUCCUCCAUGCCCUGCCCACCGGUGUGCCUGACGACCCGAUUCCUCGCCAACGAACUCCUCCUCCUCGGUUCCACACUUCUCGGAUCCUCGUCGCCCCGGCCGAGCAGAAACCGGAGCCCUGCCGCAGAUCCGCAGGGAGGAGGAGCCGAGGAGGGGGAAGAAUGGACGCCCCGUCGGUGGCGCUCUACAACCAGCUCAAGGCUGCCCAACCAUUCUUCUUGUUAGCUGGGCCCAAUGUGAUCGAAUCAGAGGAACAUGUCAUGAAGAUGGCCAAACACAUCAAAGCCAUCACAACCAAGCUUGGGGUGCCUCUUGUGUUCAAAUCAAGCUUUGAUAAAGCAAACCGUACAUCGUCGAAAUCCUUCCGCGGUCCUGGUCUGGAACAAGGCCUAAAGAUCCUUGAAAAGGUGAAGGCUGCAUAUGACCUUCCAGUGGUCACCGACGUGCAUGAAAGCUGCCAGUGCGAAGCUGUUGGAAGAGUUGCUGAUAUUAUACAGAUUCCAGCUUUCCUCUGUCGCCAGACUGACCUUCUAGUGGCUGCGGCUAAGACUGGGAAAAUUAUCAAUAUCAAGAAAGGACAAUUCUGUGCCCCGUCUGUUAUGGCCAACUCUGUGGAGAAAAUUAGACUUGCUGGAAAUCAUAAUGUGAUGGUCUGUGAGCGAGGCACCAUGUUUGGCUACAAUGAUCUAAUUGUUGAUCCAAGGAACUUUGAGUGGCUGAGGGAAACAAAUUGCCCAGUUGUAGCUGACGUAACACAUGCUCUACAACAACCAGCUGGGAAAAAGCUUGAUGGUGGUGGGGUCGCAAGUGGGGGCUUACGAGAACUCAUACCAUGCAUCGCAAGGACUGCUGUUGCAGUUGGUGUUGAUGGUAUUUUCAUGGAGGUACAUGAUGAUCCCCUGAAUUCACCAUGUGACGGGCCAACUCAAUGGCCAUUGCGCAAUUUGGAGGAGCUGUUAGAAGAAUUGAUUGCGAUCGCUCGAGUCACCAAAGGAAAGAAGCCACUCAAGAUCGACCUAACUCCAUUCAAGGAAUGAUUUGGCAGUGGGUAGCAAUAGGAAUAACUUUGUCGUUACCAAUUGGUUUCACCAAUAUGGUCGUGUCCAAGCGAGUUGCUCUUUAUAUGCGGUACUUUCAUUUACCGUUGGCUUAAGGUUUGUUGGAUUGCCUGCAUGUAUUAGUUUCUUUUGAAGUGUAGCAUAGCAGCCACAGAUUCCUGGUUUGAAUCACUCUGUCUCAGAGUCAAUCCGAAAGAAUUCGACUUUUGAUU